GGAGGCUCGGUAUGCAAACGCACACGUUGCAUCAUACUAAAGACCUUGAGCCGUAGGAUUUCUGUUCAUAUUAUCAGCUUGUUUUAAUCUCAUGCUUUUGUUAUUUCUGAUUGCCGUCGAUUGCUUCCUGUGUUGAAAGCAAGUUUAUUCUAGGUGCUUACUGGUUCCCUGGCUUACUUUUCUCACGUUCUUCCCUCUUUCAGACAACCUCAUACUGCUCCUCACAUUCCCCCAGCACACAAGUUAUCUUCAGUCUAAUCGGAAGCUUACCAAGAGCUGAAGUUAGAACGUAGUUAGGUUCGUAUGUCUUCAUCAUUGAGGAUAAAUAUAUCACACAUAUUGUGAAUUACUCAGAGGUAAAAUAAGGUUCAUUGUAUGCUCAAAAUUGUAGAAUUUAAAGAAUCAUAUUAACUUGGAUUUUCUAUGUUUUCUGUUCUGUGGAUUUUUUCCUACGUUGCACUGUUAUUUUACUUAUUCAUUGUUUUGUUUUGCAUUGCCGUUGGAUUGUUUUACGUAACUGAGUUAGUGGAAGAAUAUAUAGUCACUACGGGCAAAAUAAUACGCUAUACAAUAUAUACAGAGAUAGCAAUUCAUUUUACUUUCCUUAUAACAGAUGAUAUUCCUUUCAUACUUAUAUUGACUGGGAUAGUUUGUCAUUGUUUUUACUCUACCAUGUUAAAAACAUUUCCAGCUUUCCAUUACCAGUCAUUCAGCUUUCUCGGUAGUACUUUUAUGUUAAUUAUUCACCAUUUGGUGGCAUUUCGUGUAUUUUCAAACAACCAAAGUCCAUUCUCCUAUCUCAUAGCUUAUUUCACAUUUUUUCUAUGGGCCGUUCCUUUUCUUUUUCUAAUCUCAUUGUCGGCAAAUGAUUUUGUUCUACCGCAAACGGUUGAGUUUCGGUUUCCUGUUGAAAGUCAUUUUUCAUUACAAAGUCAGCAAAAAAAGCAUGAUGUUGUUUCUGCAUAUUUAAAAUGUAAGAGAAAAAGCUUGUAUACAUUUCUUGCUUACCUACGUGAAUUUAGUGUCCCUUUACGUCCGAAAAAGGGUUUCUAACUUUUGGCAAAUGGUUUAAAGUUGGGGUUAUAAAAAUGGCACAUUAUCCUGCUUUUCCAAGAAUAAUCAUAAUCCCAACUUCAUGGUUUUAUUUGACCUAUGUAUCUUCAUUAUGUUGAUGUGACCGUAAACGUUUCUAUUUGAGUUUUGAACUGAAUUUUGAGAAAGAGUUUCUUUUUUUAUCAUGUAUAUAUUUUGACUUAUGAAAAUAAAACUACCUUACUUGAGUUCAUGUUGUGUGUUUCUUUUAACUUAAAUGAAUCCACUGUUCUGUUUUUACAGCAUUCGCAAUCAUCC